AUGAGCAUCCACGAGCUAGACUACGCCCAGCGGCCUCCAAUCCCCUCCGAAUCCCUUCAUGCGAUCGAUAUCGAAGCCGGUCGCAAUUCCCCCGCCUCCCAGAUUUCCCCGACACGAAGAGAGGGUUCUAUCGUCGACUCGUUCGCCCCAGCAGCCAGGGUGAACACCAGCGAAACAGCGAGAAGGCGAGCCCGGCGGUCCAACACUGCACGAUCAUAUUACCCCGAGGGCUUUGCGCAGGAUCCCAACUGGCAGCCGGGAACAGAGCCGGGUAUUGAUCCAACCAAACCACUUCCUCCAUACAGUUCGGAAUGGGCAUCCAAUCUACCAAGUGACCUCCAACGGGACUGUGAGAUCACAGUCGUGGACUUCUCUCAGAAUGAAAUGCGUCAGUACGAACUCGACAACGAGAGCCUCGAAGCCUUCCUGGCACGCGAGCGAGAACCCUGGGUCCAAUGUCGAUGGAUCAAUGUAAACGGGCUGAGCUGGGACGUGAUCAAGAUACUCGGUAAUCACAAAGGGCUACACAGGUUGGCUAUUGAAGAUCUUGUUCAUACGACGAAUCGAACAAAGGCUGAUUGGUAUUCGGACCACGCCUUUGUCGUCCUAACUUUGCAGAAAUUAGUGAAGCUUCAGGAUGAACAGAGCGAUUCCGAUUCCGACGACGAGGAUAACCAAAGCGGGUGGCAAAACAAAGACAGGAGGAAGAGCUCGUUUUCGAGCGAUAAAAGUUCGGUGACCAUGAGACGCCCGACCAAGAGACAGCUGAUUUGGGAAGCACUGAAGGAUAUAUUCCGAUCCAAACGGCCAACCAGUCAGCACCGCGAAAAGGCUACAGUCGGGUCCAGUGUACGCCCUGGUCCUGGCGGACCCCAUGGUCCCUCGAAACGGUCAUCUCAAUUUGGCAAUGUAGCCAACGCUUCGAACGCCACUGCUCGCAGUAUUCAGCGCUAUCGUGGUGGACCAAACGAGGACCGAAUUGAAUUCAUGGAGCGGCAUUCAUCACUAUCAGCAAAGGGCUUGUGUGUCACAUUGGAACAGGUCUCCAUGUUUCUGCAUGCAGACAACACGGUGACCUCCUUCUUUGAAACAAGCGCCGACGAUAUUGAGGCUCCUAUUGUUCGCCGUCUCAGCUCACCCGAGACAAUCCUCCGCCAAUCGUGUGAUGCCAGUAUGCUCCUUCAGGCAAUCCUGGACGCGGUCAUUGAUCUCGCUAUCCCGGUCACUAUGGCCUACCAGGAUGCCAUCGGAGACCUGGAAUUGGAGGUCUUAACAGACCCCGAUAUCGACCAGUCGAAGAGUCUGUACAUUUUGACCUCUGAAAUCGCCGUCCUUCGCAACUCAAUGCAACCUUUGAUGGCUGUGAUCAAUGCACUUCGCGACCACCGCUCACAACCUAUCGGGACCCCAGGUCUUGGUAUACUACGCAGUGGUCCGUUCAGCCCAACUGCCACGCCAAGUGAACCUUCCGAGCUUCACCCACCCCCGCCGCAUAUCGGCACGAUCACUCCAAACCUCAAAAAUCUCGGUGGCCCAACCGUCACGAUUAGUUCCAUGUGUCAUACCUACCUGGGUGAUGCCUUGGAUCAUUGUAUCACUAUUGUGGAAGGAUAUGACCAGAUGAGACGCGCUGCUGAUAACAUGAUUGAUCUUAUUUUCAACACGAUCGGUGCCUAUCAGAACGAGAGCAUGAAGCAGUUGACCAUUGUCACUUGCUUGUAUCUCCCGAUGACAUUCUUGACGGGAUAUUUUGGCAUGAACUUCACAGACUUCGCCGGCAUUGAACACAGUGAUUCGUACUUUUGGAAGAUCGCAGUCCCGUUCGUCGUCGUUACGACUCUUCUGCUCAUGCGUGAUAAGAUUCAGCGCUACGUUGUCAUGUUGGCCCAGAGGCGACUCAUUGUCAGUUCAAGAAAGCAGAGACGAGAAAGGAAGAAAGAAAAGUAG